GUUGACACUCACAACGUCACGUUCCCUCCCCACGAGAAGAGUGAGCCCAGCGAGUUAGUCCAUCAUGCUCGAAGUGUUGUGCGCCGUCCUCGCAUUCCUCCUCAUUCUCGCGCUGACCUUCACGAAUGGGUACUGGCUGAUCACGCUGGACGAGUUGGAACUGGAUCAUCUGAAUCCUGCGGAUGUGUGCAAGCGCUUGAACAGAUUAGUUGCCCCUGAAGUGAUUGCGCACGGCGUGCUCAUUUUGGCGUCGUUGGUUGGGUUCGCGCCGGGCAUGCUGGUGCUGAACCUGCCGCUUGCGUUGUGGCACGGACGAAAGUACCUGCGCAACGAAAAUCACUUGGAUCCCACCGACAUCCUUCGCUUUAAGAACUUGAAAGCGACCCGACAUGAAGCCAUCGCGAAGAUCCUGUUUUACGGUCUGCAGAUCAUCUACGCCAUGUUUUGGAUGGUGUCUGCCAUUGUGACCUCGUCGAAGCGAAAGACCACGGGCUAGGACCCUUGUCGACAUGUUGACUCGUGUAGCUAGCUAGCGCCACACAUGUAGAAAUAUACCCUAAAUCGAUCGAUCUUUCACACCAUGGCUACGGAAGUACGCGACGGCCA